UAUUUCAUUAUCAGCACUGAAUUAUAGUAUAUACAAAUAACCAGCAAAGUAAAAAGCUUAAAACCAGUCCUAACAGUCUAUUCUGUAGGUCCCGAUGCAAUGCUGCUGGAAUAAAAAACAUUUAUCUGUAUAGUGGAAAUUAGCAUUUCAUAAAUCGGUUAUAAGUAAGCAGUUUUGAUACUUCCACAAAUGCAAAGUGAAAAAUCAUUAAAUUGAUAAUACAAAAGCAAACUAAACCCUUUAACCACACCUUUGAGCUGCUUUAAAAGUCACAGUUAUGAUUUGUUUGCUUGGACCUCUUAAAACUUGCCAUAGUUUUCCCUAAAGUCAUCCUCUAACUUUUUUUUUUAAUUAAAAACUAUCAGAUCUAAAACAACCUUGUGGAACACCACAAGGGGAAAGCUUGUUGAGGCAAACAUCAAAUACAUUAAUUGCCAUUUUAAACACAUUGUUUUUCUGUGAUAUGUAAAAUAUUACAGUAAAACAAAAUCAAUAAAAAGCUGACAGUAAAUAGAUUAAAUUCAAUCUUUACAUCGAUCAUUUAAGAUGGAUGUAUCUUCCAACUGGAUUUAAAUUAAGGUCUUAUAAAACUAAACUGCAUAUUUUAUCCAAAUAUAUCAAUUAUCAGCUUUAAAAAAAUGCCUCAUAUGAAACUAAAUAAACAGCGACUGGUCUUCUCUUUAAACAGAAACUGUGUAAUAGGAAGUCUGUGAGUCUGCUCUGUAAACUCCAGCCCUUCCCAUUACCUUUAAAGGAGAGUGUACCCUGAACUAAAUAUGGACAUGCACUUUAACUGGAUUUCAAAGAAUGUUCCAGCCUCACAGUCCACUUUGAUGAUGGGAGCCUCUUACAGUUCAUCACUGGUACCCCUCACUGCCGCACUGUGAGUGCAGUGCCUUUGCAUCAGGAUUGAUGCCUCUGGUGGUUUUUUGGUGAUCAGGACCCAGCGGGACAUCAGGACAUCAACACAUUGGAAUACUGGCCUGUAGAAGAGCACCAUCUUGUCUGAAGAUAAAAGGAUUUACCCUCUGGCACUAUAAGUUAUUCUGAAGAAUCCAGACUACAGAUGUCUAGGCGAAAGGUGAGGGGACUGACCCGUACAGGUCGGCAGGUCAGCGAGGACCCAGAUUUGGACAACCUGCUGUCCACUCUCUCCCCCGAGGAGAUGGAGGAGCUGGAUAAGGAUCUGAUGAAUGUUCCAGACAUUGGCCCAGAAGAAGGGAAAAUCAUCAUCACCCAAGGGGAAAGCCGUCCUGCUCAUCUGCCUUUGAGCAAUAACAUCCAGGACACGGCAAGACGAAGCGACACCAGAGGGAGGCUCAGUCAGAAGGAGCAGUCAUUUGAGGAGGAACCAAAGAAAGAGAGCCGGAAGCAGGAAUACCUGAGGAAGAUGGGCCUCAGCCAGGAGGGGGAUGAUGAAAUGAAAGUAGGAGUACGAAAACAGUUUAGUGUCACAACUGACAAAGAUGUCAAAGUGGAGGACAGAAACAGCAAAGGGUCUGAAAGUUCGAAAGAACAGCGCAGCGGGCGUUCAAGUAGGUACAACAGGAAGUCAGAGAGUGAUACAAAGGAGGAGGUAAAUGACAAAGAGAAAUAUGAAGAUUACAGGUCAAAAGACAAGUGGGAAAACAGAGAGAGCACAGGAAGCAAGACAAAGGAGAUGAUCUCCAAAUUACAGGACAAAAAGGACGAGAAUAAAGAGAAGGAAAGGAGAGAAGACUGCAGGAAAAGAGAUGACAACAAAACCAAAGACAUCAUCUCAAGGCUGCGUGAAAAGAGCGAGAAGGAUGUGGGAAAAGAAAGGGAACGAAAAGCCGACAACAUCAGGACACAAGGGCUUGUCUCCAAAAUGCUAGAGAAGCAGACCAAAGCACCUGAGAGCCAACACCAAGAGAAUAAAAAAGCAGGUGAGAAAAAGCCAGAAGAUACAAACAAGCCUGAAGCCAACAAGCCAAUCGAGAAAUCUGAGGUGCAGGUAAAAGGUGUCCAGGCAGAAAACAGAACAGACAGGGAAGAGCUGGUUAACCACAGUGACCACGUGAAAGAGAAAAACAAGAAGGUCAGCACUGAUAUGAAAGCUGAGGAGAAAAAGGAAAAAGAUGACGCUAAAGAAAGACUUUUAAAAGCCGAAGAAAAAGAAAAACCUGGAAACUGUGUAGCCAAAAACAUCCCAAGCAGCAAGACAGGGCAGCAGGAAGAGGAGGAGGAAGACUCAAGCAUGUUCGAUGAGCUGAUGGAGCAGGUGCAUAGCAACGACCCCUCCCUCACUGAACUCAACGUCAACAACUCAGAGGUCAUUAAGGCAAAAACACUCAUUGAGUUUGCGCAGGGCUUGCACAGCAACACCCACGUGAAGACGUUUGCUUUGGCCAACUGCCGUGCAGAUGACCAUGUGGCUUAUGCCAUUGCUGCUAUGCUGCGCAGCAACAAGACCAUUACCAGCAUAAACCUGGACUCCAACCAUCUCACCGGCAAGGGCAUCUUUUCUCUGAUCCAGUCACUGCAGUACAACGCAACACUGACAGAGCUUCGAUUCCAGAACCAGCGCCACAUAUGUGGAGGGAAGACUGAGAUGGAGAUGGUCAAGAUCCUGAAGGACAACACCACGCUGCUCAAACUGGGCUAUCACUUUGAGUUGGCGGGACCAAGGAUGACCACCACCAACAUACUCAGUCGCAACAUGGACAGACAGAGGCAGAAGCGCCUGCAGGAGCAGAAGCUGGCCCAGGCCAACGGGGAGAAAAAAGGGACACUGGAGGUACCCAAAACAGGAGGCGGAGGGUCUUUGAAGAGCUCCCCAAGGUCUUCUCCAAAACCAUCUCCAAUUCCUUCACCCAUGCCUUCCCCAAAGCUAACUCCCAAAAAACGAGCUGGAGGUCCUGCUCCUCCACCACCUCCGCCUCCUCCAGGCGGGGGACCGCCACCUCCUCCUCCCAUGCUGGAUGGAGACCGCUCCUUCGGCAGCAAGAACUCAAGGGACCAACUGCUAGCCUCGAUCCGAGGAAGCAACAUGAAACAGCUAAAGAAGGUGCCAAUACCAAAGUGGCUGCAGUAACUGUUCCUGGUGGAAAAAAGCAGUGGACAAAAAGAAAGGGAGAACACACAUCUCACCACAGGUUUCCUGGGAGAUAAACGUCCUGCGGCUUGAUGAAGAACAGUGCAUCAGGAAGGAUGGGAAAAUGUGAGAUUAGUGCCCUCUAUGAGUUUUCUCCCCUAAAACACUGGACCAAAAGUACCCGGUGGAGAACAAGUGAAACAGGGCUCUACGGAGAGUGCCAUGAAAUUUUGACUCUUCAGUUCAUAUUGUUUUUUUUUGCACUACUUAAUAUGAAGUGGAUCAUAUAACAUGUUGGUGUGUACAGUGAAAAUCACAGGUAUACGCAACCCUGUUAGAAUGACACACAAGAAGACAAUGAGAAAUCCUUUUAAAACUGUUUUCCACUUUUAUUGUGACUUAUAUGCUUUACAAAUCAACUGAUAUCAAACAAAUCUGUUGGGCUGGUGGGUUGUGUGUUUAAAAAGGUGUGAUAACCAGGUGUCAUAAAUGUACACAACCUUUUUAAUUAGUUGAAACAAACAGUCUCUGAGAUUGUCACAUUUAAUUGGGAAUGUCUGCCCACACAACCUUAUCUACCAGAUUGGUCACAGCCCUCUUCAGGUGACACCACAGAUUUUUCUGGAGAAAUUAUUUGGAUAUCUCGUUCCACUUAUUGUGAUUCUAAAACAAUCAAAUCCCUCCUCAUCCUUAGCUUUCUAGCAGACAACUGAAGGUUUUGGUAAAAACUGACUGUUAUUUUGAUUUAUUUGAUUGGUUUAUCAUUUCUACCUUGAUAAAGCUCCACUUCUAGCUAAAAGAGUAACUACCGAGCAUGAUGCUGCCACUACCAUGUUUAACUGUGGGCCCAUCUCUUGCAAUUUAUUCUCUAGCACAGAGAUAUGGAGAAUACCGGAGAGAGCUAUCACCCAUCCUUUAUUGUUGCUGUUCGUCUCUUGGUAGCCUUCCUGACCAGUGACUUUUGUUUUCAUUAGUUUUAGAGAAGCUCCCAGUUUUUAUAAUUACAGUUUUGUCCCAGAUCUUCUCCAGUUUCCAAGGCUUUAAAUAAUGUGUGUAAAAAUAAAACACUGCUGACUUUUUUAAGCUCCUCUCCUUACUGGUACUUUUAUAUAAAACAGGUUGUUUGUAAACUGAAUUACAAAAUAACAUAUCACCUGAACUCAGUCAGGUGAUUUGGAUUCACCUUGUUUCACUAAAUUUAAACUUUAAAUGACUGGAUGACUGAAUCAAAGCUUAGUUUAAAGGUGUGGCGUUUACUAGCCAGGUCAUUGUAGCCUUUUUGUUAAAUAUUUUUUCCAUCAACAGAUUUGUUUGUCUUAAGUUGACUUUUUGGGAUUCAUGUCACAUUAAAGGUGGUAAAUAGUUUGAAGUGAGUUCUCAUACUCUUAAAAAUUAAUCCCCAGUAAUGUAAGAGGGUUGUGUUAACCUUAGUUUUAUCCACUGUAUAUGAUUUGAGUUGAAUGAGGUGGGAGCAUGGGAUGAGCUUUAGUUUCAGAUAAGUAUAAAAAUACUACUUAAAAGACAGUGUAUCGCUAAUGUAUUGAACAUUAAUUUGACCCUUUAUUUAUUAGCAGAGGAUCCACAGCUGUAGGUCUGUUCAAACUGGGUGGAAAUAUCAGGGAAUUAAACGCAGAACCGGAUUUCAGCAAAUAUAAGUACUAAAACAAAAACAGAUCACGAGCACCUUUUUACUUUGUGUCAUGUUUUUUUAAAUCUCAAGACAUCUCAGACAGUCCAGAAAAAUCCUGAAACAUAAUGAGGGAUUUUUACAAUGGAAAUAAUUACAUGUUGCCGUUUAUCAGACGGAGUGAAUGAUCCUAUGGUGUCUGAUGUAUUUUGUAAAAAAUCAUUCUAGCCUGGCUGUUUUAACCUACUUAACUUUCUUUUAAUACUGCUUUAUGUCUUAACUUUUUACUGGUUUAAACCCUAACCUAAAUAUCAGUCUGAGAAGAACUUGACACUAUGUGGUGAUCUAAACUCAGAGCUAUCUAAAGAUGCACACACGCGUCUCUUUACACACGUGACAGAGCCUGUAUGCCCUUAAUAAAAGAUCCCGGUAUGUUUGUGAGUGUAAAAUGUCAUGUCAUGCCUGUUAGAGAAAUGGGUUCAUUGUGUAUGUAAUAAAUACGAAAGAAUUUCA